GUUCACCGCAUACUUAUCUCGUCUCAGCUUUCUUUCCUAACUCGCUUUGCUUCUUCUCAUCCGCCAACGCAAUGGCAUUCACUUCCAUCUCACCGCUCUCCAUCUACCUUCUCAAGCCUCCCUCUCCUGCUCCACCUCGCACUCCCCCUAGAGCUUCUCCCAUCAUCUGCCGGGUUUCUGCACAUUCUAAGAAUUGGAGAUCAAUCACAUCGACAGCGCUAGCAGCGGUCAUCGUUAGCUUUGGCGGCGUAGCGUUGGCCGACCUCAACAAGUUCGAAGCAGAGCUCAGAGGGGAGUUUGGGAUAGGCUCCGCCGCUCAAUUCGGCUCAGCAGAUCUCAAUUGAUUUUGGUCUCGAUGUGUAGGAGGUCUGUCCAUGUCAAUGAAAAUUUCAGACGUGCCAACUUCACAGCUGCAGAUAUGAGAGAAUCUAAUUUCAGUGGCUCUACAUUCAAUGGUGCUUACCUUGAAAAGGCAGUUGCUUAUCGAACAAAUUUUACAGGUGCUGAUCUCAGUGAUACUCUAAUGGACCGCAUGGUUCUUAAUGAAGCGAAUCUCACAAAUGCUGUGCUCGUAAGAGCAGUUCUCACACGUAGUGAUCUUGGUGGUGCAGCCAUUAAUGGUGCUGACUUUAGUGAUGCUGUGCUAGACUUACCACAAAAACAGGCAUUGUGCAAGUAUGCAAAUGGAACCAAUCCUAUAACUGGAGUGAGCACAAGGAAAAGUUUAGGAUGUGGAAACACUCGCAGAAACGCGUAUGGUAGCCCUUCUUCACCACUCUUGAGUGCUCCACCUCCGAAAUUACUAGAUCGUGAUGGAUUCUGUGAUGAAUCUACCGGACUCUGUGAUGCAACAAAGUAAAAGAAAUGUUAUAUAGUAAAUUCUUAUCGAAAAAUAUGUUUUCUAUCUUGUAGAACUUUUCUAAUUGCAAUAUGUUUUUUUUUUAAUUUUAUAAGAGGACUAUUUCAGUGAA